AUGGAGGACGUGGUCAUAGCUGGCAUGUCCGGGAAACUCCCGGAGUCUGAGAACAUUCAGGAAUUCUGGGACAACCUGAUCGGUGGUGUGGACAUGGUGACAGAGGAUGACCGGAGGUGGAAGGCCGGGCUCUACGGCCUCCCCCGGCGGUCCGGGAAGCUCAAGGACCUGUCCAAGUUCGACGCCUCCUUCUUUGGCGUCCACCCCAAGCAAGCGCACACCAUGGAUCCCCAGCUCCGGCUGCUGUUAGAGGUCACAUACGAGGCCAUGGUGGAUGCAGGCAUCAACCCAGGCUCGCUGCGUGGUACCAGUACUGGAGUCUGGGUGGGUGUGAGCGGCUCCGAGGCAUCUGAGGCCCUGAGCCGGGACCCCGAGACCCUCCUGGGCUACAGCAUGGUGGGCUGCCAGAGGGCCAUGAUGGCCAACCGCUUGUCCUUCUUCUUUGACUUCACGGGGCCCAGCAUUGCCCUGGACACGGCCUGCUCGUCCAGCCUGCUGGCCCUGGAGAGCGCCUUCCAGGCUAUCCGCAGCGGGAAGUGCCCAGCGGCCAUCGUGGGCGGCAUCAAUCUUCUGCUCAAGCCCAACACCUCUGUGCAGUUUCAGAAGCUGGGCAUGCUGAGCCCUGACGGUGCCUGCAAAUCCUUCGACGAGGCUGGGAAUGGCUACUGUCGCUCGGAGGCUGUGGUGGUUGUCCUGCUCACCAAGAGGUCGCUGGCCAAGAGGGUGUACGCCACCAUCCUCAACGCGGGCACCAACACAGACGGUUACAAGGAGCAAGGUGUGACCUUCCCCUCCGGAGAGGCUCAGGAACGCCUCAUCCGCUCACUGUACGAGCCAGCCGGCUUGGCUCCCGAGUCCCUGGAGUACAUCGAAGCCCACGGCACGGGCACCAAGGUGGGCGACCCCCAGGAGCUGAACAGCAUCACCAGAGCCUUGUGCUCCUCCCGCCAGAGCCCACUGCUGAUCGGGUCCACUAAGUCCAACAUGGGUCACCCUGAACCUGCGUCGGGGCUCGCGGCCCUGAUCAAGGUGCUGCUGUCCCUCGAGCAUGGAGUGUGGGCCCCUAACCUGCACUUCCACACCCCUAACCCCGAUAUCCCAGCCCUGCGGGAUGGGCGGCUGCAGGUGGUGGACCAGCCUCUUCCCGUCAGGGGUGGCAACGUGGGCAUCAACUCCUUCGGCUUCGGGGGCUCCAACGUGCACAUCAUCCUGCAGCCCAACCCUGUACAGCCCCCCACAUCUGCCCCGCCCACCCUGCCCUGGCUGCUGCAGGCCAGCGGACGCACACCCGAGGCGGUCCAGAGGCUGCUGGACCAGGGCCGGGCGCACAGCCAGAACCUGGCCUUCCUUAGCAUGCUCAACGCGAUCGCCACCACCCCCACCACCUCCAUGCCUUUCCGCGGCUACGCCGUGCUUGGCGGCCAGGACGGCGCCCGUGAUGUGCAGCAGGUGCCAGUCGGUGGCCGCCAGCUCUGGUUCAUCUGCUCCGGCAUGGGCACGCAGUGGCGCGGGAUGGGGCUGAGCCUCAUGCGUCUGGACAGCUUCCGAGAGUCCAUCCUGCGCUCGGACGAAGCCGUGAAGCCGUUCGGGCUGAAGGUGUCGGAGCUGCUGCUGCACACAGACGAGAGCACGUUCGAUGACAUCGUUAACGCCUUCGUCAGCCUCACAGCCAUCCAGAUCGCGCUCCUUGACUUGCUGAUGGCCAUGGGUCUGCGUCCAGAUGGUAUCAUCGGACACUCGCUGGGUGAGGUGGCCUGCGGCUAUGCCGACGGCUGCCUGACCCAGGAGGAGGCAGUGCUGAUGGCCUACUGGAGGGGCCAGUGCAUCAAGGAGUCGGACAUCCCGCCGGGCGCCAUGGCCGCUGUGGGCCUGUCCUGGGCCGAGUGCAAGCAGCGCUGCCCCCCUGGCGUCGUGCCCGCCUGCCACAACUCUGAAGACACGGUCACCAUCUCGGGGCCUCAGGCGGCCGUGGCUGAGUUUGUGGAGCAGCUCAAGCAGGAGGGUGUGUUCGCUAAGGAGGUGCGCACGGGCGGCAUGGCCUUCCACUCGUACUUCAUGGAGUCCAUCGCGCCCACGCUGCUGGAGGCCCUCAGAAAGGUCAUCCGGCAGCCGCAGCCGCGCUCCCCCCGCUGGCUCAGCACGUCCAUCCCCGAGGCCGAGUGGCAGGGCAGCCUGGCGCGCACCGCGUCUGCCGAGUACAGCGUCAACAACCUCGUGAGCCCCGUGCUGUUCCAGGAGGCGCUGCGCCACAUCCCUGAGAACUCUGUGGUCCUGGAGAUAGCACCCCAUGGCCUGCUGCAGGCUGUGCUGAAACGAGGCCUCAAGUCCAGCUGCACCAUCGUCCCCCUCAUGAAGAAGGACCACAGGGACAACCUGGAGUUCUUCCUCACCAACGUGGGCAAGCUGCACCUCUCGGGCAUUGACGUCAACCCCUGCGGCCUCUUCGCACCAGUGGCGUUCCCAGCCCCCCGGGGCACCCCGCUCGUCUCCCCCCUCAUCGAAUGGGACCACAGCCAGACCUGGGACGUCCCUGCUGCAGAGCACUUUCCCAGCGGCUCCAGCUCCUCCUCUGCUACGAUUUAUAACAUCGACACCAGCCCCGAGUCCCCUGACCACUACCUGCUGGACCACUGCAUCGAUGGGCGUGUCCUCUUCCCUGCCACCGGCUACCUCUGCCUGGUCUGGAAGACGCUGGCCCGCGCCCUGGGCCUGGUCAUGGAGCAGAUGCCUGUGGUAUUUGAAGACGUAACCCUGCACCAGGCCACCAUCAUACCUAAGACAGGCACUGUGUCCCUGGAGGUGCGGCUCCUGGAGGCCUCGUGCGCCUUCGAGGUGUCUGAGAAUGGCAACCUCAUUGUGAGCGGAAAGGUGUCCCAGUGGGAGAACCCUGACCCCAGGCUCUUCGACAACCAUGACGGCCUGGCCACCGCUGACCCCCAAGCCACAUUCCGCCUGACGCAGGGUGACGUGUACAAGAAGCUGCGGCUGUCUGGCUAUGACUACGGCCCCUAUUUCCAGGGCAUCCUGGAGACCAGUCUUGAAGGUACUUCAGGCAAGCUGCGGUGGAACAACAACUGGAUCACCUUCCUGGACGCCAUGCUGCAGAUGGUGGUCCUGGGCCCCAGCCAGCGCACCCUGCUUCUGCCCACCCGGAUUGGCGCCCUCCACAUUGACCCAGCCACCCACCUGAAGAGGCUGAAGGAUGAGGCCCAAGCGGUCGACGUGGUGGUGAACCACUCCCUGAGCCGUACAGUGGCAGGCGGAGCCCUCUUCUCGUGGCUGCACACCUCCAUGGCCCCUCGGCGCCAGCAGGACCACCUGGCCCCCGUCCUCGAGAAGUUCUGCUUCUCGCCGUACCUGGAGACCAACUGCCUGGCGGCUGACACACGUCUGCAGGAGGAGCUGCAGCUGUGCUCAGGCCUGGCACAGAAGCUACAGGCCAAGGUGACCCAGCAGGGGCUAAAGAUGGCCGUGCCUGGACUGGGUGGUGCCUCAGCCCCCCGAGACCCCCCGCAGCACGGCCUGGCCCGACUGCUGGCUGCGGCCUGUCAGCUCCAGAUCAACGGGAACCUACAGCUGGAGCUGGGCCCCGUGCUGGCCCAGGAGCGCCUCCUGCUGGCCGAUGAUCCCCUGCUGGCCGGCCUCCUGGACGCGUCCACCCUCAAAGCCUGCGUAGACACGGCCCUGGAGAACUUGAGUGGGACGCGGAUGAAGGUGGUGGAGGUGCUGGCUGGUGAGGGCCACCUGUACGCCCGCAUCCCAGGGAUGCUCAACACUCAGCCCAUGCUGUGGCUGGACUACACGGCCACUGACCGCCCCCAGGCCCUGAAGGCCGCCCAAGCCCAGCUGCAACAAUACAGCGUAGCCCAGGCCCAGUGGGACCCCUUGGAGCCUGCACCCAGCAGCCUGGGCUCAGCUGACCUCCUGGUGUGCAACUGUGCAGUGGCCACCCUUGGGGACCCAGCCGCCGCCCUGGGCAACAUGGUGGCCGCCCUCAAGGAGGGGGGCUUCCUGCUGCUGCACUCGCUGCUUCCGGGGCACACGUUGGGGGAGACCAUGGCCUUCCUCACCGCAGCUGACCUCUUGAGCCAGGAUGAGUGGGAAGCGCUCUUUGCCCGGGCCUCACUGCGCCUGGUGGGGCUGAAGCGGUCAGUCUACGGCUCUGUGCUCUUCCUGUGCCGCCGGCCGGCAGCCCUGGACAGCCCCAUCUUCCUGUCUGUGGAUGAUACCAGCUUCCAAUGGGUGAACUCGCUGAAGGACAUUCUGGCUGAGGACUCUUCCAAGCCCGUGUGGCUAAGGGGCUCCUCCACCUCGGGCGUCGUGGGCCUGGUCAACUGUCUGCGCAAGGAGCCGGGUGGUCAUCGCGUGAGGUGCAUCCUGGUGUCCAGUCUCACCCGCACAGCCCCUGUGCCCCCGGUGGACCCCAGCUCCCCUGAGCUGCAGAAGGUGCUCCAGGAUGACCUGGUGAUGAACGUGUACCGUGAUGGCGCCUGGGGGGCCUUCCGACACUUUCCUCUUGAGCAAGACAAGCCGGUGGAGCAGACAGAGCACGCUUUUGUGAACGUGCUGACCCGUGGGGACCUGUCCUCCAUCCGCUGGGUCUGCUCGCCGCUGCGCCAUGCUGCGCCCAGCACUCCCGGCUCCCAGCUGUGCCGCAUCUACUAUGCCUCACUUAACUUCCGAGACAUCAUGCUGGCCACGGGCAAGCUGCCCCCCGACGCCAUCCCAGGGAAGUGGGCCGCUCGGGACUGCAUGCUGGGUAUGGAGUUCUCCGGCCGGGACGCCAGCGGCAAGCGUGUGAUGGGGCUGGUGCCCGCUGAGGGCUUGGCCACUUCUGUCCAGCUGUCCCCUGACUUUCUCUGGGACGUACCCUCUGGCUGGACCCUGGAGGAGGCAGCCUCGGUACCUGUGGUCUACACCACAGCCUACUACUCGUUGGUGGUGCGUGGGCGCAUCCAGCGUGGUGAGACGGUGCUGGUGCACUCGGGCUCAGGCGGCGUGGGCCAGGCCGCCAUCGCCAUCGCCCUGAGCCUGGGAUGUCGCGUCUUCACCACUGUGGGCUCAGCUGAGAAGCGUGCCUACCUGCGGGCCCGCUUCCCACAGCUCGAGGACAGCAGCUUCGCCAACUCCCGGGACACGUCCUUUGAGCAGCACGUGCUGCGGCACACGGCCGGACGGGGCGUCGACCUUGUCCUUAACUCCUUGGCGGAAGAGAAGCUGCAGGCCAGCGUGCGCUGCCUGGCCCAGCACGGCCGCUUCCUUGAGAUCGGCAAGUUUGACCUGUCCAACAACCACGCACUCGGCAUGGCCGUCUUCCUGAAGAACGUCACGUUUCACGGCAUCCUCCUGGAUGCUCUCUUUGAGGAUGCAAGUGCCGACUGGCGGGAGGUGGCAGAGCUGCUGCGGGCGGGCAUCCGGGACGGUGUGGUGCAGCCCCUCAAGUGCACAGUGUUCCAGAAGGACCAGGUGGAGGACGCCUUCCGCUACAUGGCGCAGGGCAAGCACAUCGGCAAGGUGGUGGUGCAGGUGCAAGAGGAGGAGCAGGACAUGGUGCUGCCAACGGCUCGGCCCACGUUGACCACGGCCAUCUCCAAGACUUUCUGUCCCCCUCACAAGAGCUACAUCAUUGCCGGUGGCCUGGGUGGCUUCGGCCUGGAGUUGGCCCACUGGCUCGUGCUGCGAGGGGCCCAGAAGUUGGUGCUGACAUCCCGCUCCGGGAUCCGGACAGGCUACCAGGCCAAGCAGGUGCGAGAGUGGAGGCGCCAAGGUGUGCAGGUGCUGGUGUCAACCCUCAACGCCAGCUCCAUGGAAGGUGCACGCGGCCUGAUAGCUGAGGCCACACGGCUCGGGCCCGUCGGAGGUGUAUUCAACCUGGCCAUGGUGCUGAGAGACGCCAUGCUGGAGAACCAGACGCCUGAGCUCUUCCAGGACGUGAACAAGCCCAAGUACAGCGGUACACUGAACCUGGACAGGGUGACUCGGGAGGCCUGCCCCGAGCUGGACUACUUCGUGGCCUUCUCCUCGGUGAGCUGUGGGCGUGGCAAUGCCGGGCAGACCAACUAUGGCUUUGCCAACUCCACCAUGGAGCGUAUCUGCGAACAGCGGCGUCAUGAUGGGCUCCCAGGCCUUGCUGUGCAGUGGGGUGCCAUUGGCGACGUGGGCAUCGUCCUAGAGGCCAUGGGCACUAACGACACAGUCAUUGGCGGGACGUUGCCGCAGCGCAUUGCGUCCUGCCUGGAGGUACUGGACCUGUUCCUGAACCAGCCACACCCCGUGCUCAGCAGCUUCCUGCUGGCCGAGAAGGCUGGGGUGCGUAGUGAGGGUGACAGCCAGCGGGACCUGGUAAAGGCCGUGGCACACAUCCUGGGAAUCCGAGAUCUGGCUGCGGUCAGCCCGGACAGCUCACUGGCAGACCUGGGCCUGGACUCACUGAUGGGCGUGGAGGUGCGGCAGACACUGGAACGUGAGCAUGACCUGGUGCUGUCCAUGCGGGAGGUGCGGCAGCUGACGCUCCGGAAGCUCCAGGAGCUGUCGUCACAGUCCACCACGGCGGACGAGCUCGCCUCCAGGACCACGGCAAGUAACCAGGCGGCCAGGCAGGAGGCCCAGCUGAACCUGAGCGCACUGCUGGUGAACCCUGAGGCUCCGACGCUGACAAGACUCAACACGGUGCAGAGCUCCGAGCGGCCUCUCUUCCUCGUGCACCCCAUCGAAGGCUCUCUCACCGUCUUCGGCAGUCUGGCUGCCCGGCUGAGCAUCCCCACCUAUGGCCUUCAGUGCACUCGAGCUGCCCCCCUGGACAGCAUCCAGAGCCUCGCUGCCUACUACGUGGACUGCAUCCGGCAGGUGCAGCCUGAGGGACCCUACCGCAUUGCCGGCUACUCCUACGGGGCCUGCGUGGCCUUCGAGAUGUGCUCCCAGCUGCAGGCCCAGCAGGGACCUGCCCACAACAGCCUCUUCCUGUUUGAUGGCUCCCAUGCCUACGUGCUGGCCUACACCCAGAGCUACCGAGCCAAGAUGACCCCAGGCUGUGAGGCCGAGGCUGAAACAGAGGCCAUGUACUUCUUCCUGCAGCAGUUCACGGACACUGAGCACAGCAGGCUGUUAGAAGCGCUGCUGCCGCUGAAGGACCUGGAGCAGCGUGUGGCUGCCACCGUGGACCUGAUCACCCAGCGCCACCAGGGCAUCGACCGGCAGGAGCUCAGCUUCGCCGCCUUCUCCUUCUACCACAAGCUGCGCGCGGCUGAGCAGUAUGCGCCCAAGGCCAAGUACCACGGCAACGUGACCCUGCUGAGGGCCAAGGUCGGCAACGCCUACAGGGACGACCUAGGCGCCGACUACAACCUGUCGCAGGUGUGCGACGGCAAGGUGUCGGUGCACGUCGUGGAAGGUGACCACCGUACCCUGCUGGAGGGCAGCGGCCUGGAGACCGUUCUCAGCAUCAUGCACAGCUCCCUGGCCGAGCCACGAGUCAGCGUGCGGGAGGGCUAG